AGUGCCUGUGAUUGUGGUGUGAUUUUUAUUGUUAUAAAGAUAAUCAUAUGAAUUAGUAAGGAUGUCGAUACCUCUCAUCAGAUCACCAGAGGCAUGUCCAUGUCCCAUAACACCGAUCGAGACAUCAAUGUUCCCGCACGUUUUCUGCAACGGCGGAUCGACUUUGAUGCUCUUCAUGACAAUCCUGGAACAGUUCAUCAAUGGACGAUGCGAUUUGGCUGACCCGUGUAGGCGGUUGCCGAAUCGGGAAGAUGCUGAUGACAAUUACGACUUUAUCGUCAUUGGUGGAGGUACGGCAGGCGCGGUUGUUGCUGGACGAUUGUCAGCUAAUCCUCAGUGGAAGGUAUUAGUGCUGGAAGCAGGAGGCGACGAGCCAGUACCGACUUCUGUACCGCAUUUCAUAACGUCGUACUGGCUAAGGAACGAUACAGACUGGAACUAUUACACCGAACCCCAGGAGAAGGCGUGUGGGGCGGAAGGUGGUAAAUGCUACUGGCCCCGAGCUAAAAUGUUGGGUGGAUGUUCAGCGAUAAACGGAAUGAUGUAUAUGCGAGGUCAUCCAGCCGACUACGGCGGCUGGGCUGUGAACGGAGCUAAAGGGUGGUCUUGGAGUGAUGUAAUGCCUUACUUCCUCAUGAGUGAAGAUAACAAGGAGAUUGGGACUGUCGUUUCACAGGAGCAUCAUAAUACUGGUGGACCUAUGCCAGUUAGACGGUUCCCCUAUGUGCCAAGGUUAGCACAUGACAUAGUAUCAGGAUCUAUUGAACUGGGUUACCCUCCGACGACUGACCUCAACGGGGAUAAUGUCACUGGAUUUACUAUUGCACAGACGUUUAACAAUAACGGUUCUCGUUAUACAACCUCCCGUGGUUACAUUCGGCCAGCAUCGCAUCGCAAGAACUUGCACGUCGUGUUUAGAGCGCUCGUCUCCAGAGUGAUCGUGGAUCCUGUACGCAAGAAGGCCACUGGCGUGGAGUACAUUAAUAACAGAGGAGAGAAGAAGAUCGUCAAUGUUAAUAAAGAAGUAAUUCUCUCAGCAGGAGCCCUAAACUCCCCUCAAAUUCUGCUUCUCUCAGGCAUCGGUCCAAAGGAAACCUUGGACAAGUUCCAUAUUCCCACAAUUGAGGAUCUUCCUGGAGUAGGACAGAACCUGCAGAAUCAUGUCGGUGUGAAAGUUAACUUCAAUUUGACUAAAGAAAUUAAUUUACAAGAGCUCACUUGGGCUACUGCCAUGGAUUAUAUGUUGAAGAGAGAAGGACCCCUGUCUAGUACUGGAAUGUCUCAGUUGACGGGUUUGGUAAAUUCUAAAUAUGCGCCAGCCGGCGGUCGCCAUCCUGAUCUACAGUUCUUCUUCUAUGGAUACAGUGCUGACUGCAGCGACGGACUUCACAAUGAACCGGGCGACAAAGGCAGGGACUUACAGAUCUCCGUAGUAAACCUAAUGCCCAAGAGUCGUGGAUACCUCACUAUCAAAUCUGUAGACCCUACGGUUGCCCCAGUGAUGCAACCUAACUAUUUCUAUGACGAGCGUGAUUUCGACAUCUUGGUAGAAGGGGUUAAGAUCACUUACAGAUUGGCCAAUUCAACGAUAAUGCGUGAAAAAUACGGCAUGGUACCUGUAUCGGACCCAGAAGGACCGUGUGGGGAUGGCGGUACAGGUCCAUCAGACGAAUACAUCAAAUGUAUAGCGAAGCAUGACACGGCAGCUGAGAAUCAUCAAGUCGGGACUUGCAAAAUGGGAGCCGAUGACGACCCUAUGGCUGUUGUUGAUACUGAACUUAAAGUCUUUGGUGUAGAAGGUUUAAGAGUAGCUGAUGCAUCAAUAAUCCCAACGGUCACAACAGGUAACACAGCAGCGCCAGUAAUUAUGAUAGGUGAGAGAGCAGCAGACUUCAUUAUCAAACGUUAUCAACGCUCAAAGAACCAGCCACAACAACCAGACUUGGGCAAUCGCUUUGACAGCAGCGAUACUGACAAUAGAGGAAACUAUGCUAGUAACGAAGACAAUAUAAACAAUAACCAAGAUAAUGCGAAUAAUAAUGAAGGCAAUCGCGAUAAAUGGGGAUUCGGAGGUUACGAAAGCAACGAGGCCAAGGAUGACAAGUUAACAGACGACAACCAAUCGAAUAAACCAAACUGGAGUUGGCGCCCAAAUUGGGAUCAGAAAUGGCAACAAUGGAACCAUAAACCUUAUGAUUUCCCUCAGAAUAACAAUUGGGAUAAGAAGAAUGGACAAUAUCCCUCGCAAUACAGCAGAUAGAUGUUUCAUUUCUAGUUUAUAUUAAAAUGGCUUGGACAG